UUUUGUUCACUACGGCCUACCUGCACGGAUACACUCGGAUCAAGGACGAGAUUUUGAAAGUCGCCUGAUCAAAGAACUCUUGUCCAUGCUUGGGGUUCGGAAGUCAAGAACAUCCCCCUAUCACCCACAAGGGGACGCACAACCAGAAAGGUUCAAUAGAACACUUUUAGCAAUGCUUGGUACCCUGGACACUGUAAAGAAACAAAGUUGGAGUCAACAUAUCACCCACCUGGUACAUGCAUACAAUUGCACCAAGAAUGAUUCCACAGGAUACUCCCCUUAUCAUCUCAUGUUUGGAAGGGAGGCAAGGUUACCCAUUGACAUCUGUUUUGGGAUCUCGCCAAAUGGUGAAAGUGAAACCUCUUACCAACAGUACGUCGCCAGGAUGAGGAAAGAGUUACAAAAAGCCUACCAACUGGCAUCUGACGCUGCUACAAAGAGUCAUCUGAAAAACAAAGCUCGCUAUGACCACCGUGUGAGAGAUUCACCUUUGGAGAAAGGUGACAGAAUUCUCAUUCAGAAUUUGGGUCUAAAAGGCAAGCAUAAACUCCAAGAUCGAUGGAAAUCAACACCAUAUGUUGUUGUGGAGAAGUUGCCUAAUCUGCCUGUUUACAAGGUCAAACCAGAGCAUGGUACAGGUGUGGUAAAAACUCUUCAUCGAGACCACCUGUUGCCCAUCGGGUACAUGGUUAGGUUGUCUAACCAAUCAGAUGAUACAAACUCUGCUCGGAGACCUGUAACAAGAGCUCAACUUACCCGGAAACAUCUAUCAACCAAGUCUGAAGAAGGUGACACAGAGUCCUCAGGCUCAGAGUUUGAAACUGUCCACAGUCCUCCAGAUUUUGAUGUGGAUGAGGUCAGGAAACGAUUAAACAUGAUAGAUCAACCUGUGGAGGAUGAACAGAGUCAGAGUUCUGAAGAAAGUGAAAACUCUGAAGAGGAAAACUGUGAAGCUGCAGAAAAUCAACAACUUACAGAAACAGAGUAUGAGGAACCGCCUGAAGGUGCUGCACCUCCUCUGUCACACUCUUAUGUCCAAGAGACAUAUACUGAAUCUGCGGAAGAUUUGCAAGAUUCAGAAGAGGGAGCAAGCUCACCUCUGUUAAACAGAGCCAGACGUGAUAAAGCUGCUAAAAGCGCUAGAAGUGAAAGUGAAAGGUCUUCUACAAUCCGGAAAUCCCUGAGAAAACCAAAGCCAUCUAUGAGAUUCACUUAUGAGAGACCUGGUCAUCCAUCUUGUGAACCAGUUACCAUCAUGCACCAUGGCAUGGUCAUCCAACUCAAGUUAAACCCUCCAAACCAAGACGACGAAUCAAGGAAAAAGUCCAAAACAUCCAAAAGGUACAUGGAGGAGGAGAACAAAAAACACCCUUCCAAGUUGAAGAGAGACAAAAGGUGUGAUGAGGACAUCUACACGUUCAGAAGAGGGAGGGUGUAGCUCUGUACAAAAAUCUUCCAAGUUAAAGAGAGACAAAAGGUGUGAUGAGGACAUCUACACGUUCAGAAGAGGGAGGGUGUAGCUCUGUACAAAAAUCUUCCAAGUUAAAGAGAGACAAAAGGUGUGAUGAGGACAUCUACACGUUCAGAAGAGGGAGGGUGUAGCUCUGUACAAAAAUCUUCCAAGUUAAAGAGAGACAAAAGGUGUGAUGAGGACAUCUACACGUUCAGAAGAGGGAGGGUGUAGCCCUGUACAAAAACCACAAGUUACAGAGCAUAAAAAAUAAUUAACAGUAUAAUAAAAUGCUGUGUUUAAUGUUCAUAAAUAAAUAGAGUUCAUAAUAAUAAAAUGGGUUAAAAUGUGUGCGGAUUAAAAGCAUAAAUAUAAUACGUUUAAUAAAACUAUUUACAGUUAAAAGAUAAAUUAAUAUAAAGGUCUUUAAGUUUAUCAAGGCUAAAAUAUUUGUGAAUUCAGGAUAUAAAAGAGGAAGAAGCCGUGUUUAUGUUUAACUUAACCUGUUACCUGUCACACGUAAAUCAUUUAAUUUGUUUUGUCUUUGGUUGUAUUAAAACUUCACAAGCCAAUCCGAAUAAAGUCUCAACGUGUAAAGGGCGGGACUAGUGCAGCAGGUUAGCGUGGGGAGUAGUGAGCACAUGUAGAGAAAGAAACCUGACCGGACUGAGAGCUAAGAGGAGGCAUCGUAGUGUGGGAAGCAGUUAAGUUUUAUCGUGAGGUCGACUACUCGUGGUCCUGAUUUAAACUUCUUUGUGACCUGCAAAAAGGAGCUGGACGUUGGAGAGAGGGGUUUCCAGCAGAUGGCCCUGCUGUUUUCUGUGUUUUCUUCCUUGUGACUUCGCCACCGCCAUUGCCCACGUGUGUGUUUGGAUUGCCACCGCCAUUGCCAUUAUCUUCGUGAGAAUAUCAUCCCCCAAUCCCUUUCUGCCCCUACUAAUUACACCCUGGAUUCGUGAGUACUGAUUUACACAUUGCACGUGCUUUUAUUUUGAGCUCAAGCUGAGUGAAGCGGCCAGUACAGUUUUUAGGCCCCACCGCACACAAGCUUCAACUAACAGGCCUGCAACGGGUUAACCUAAUUUAAAGUGUGUUGUUAAUUUGAUUGUGUGUGGUACAUUGAGUUUGCAUUGUUGUAAAUUGGAGAAUCCCGUGCAUCUGAUUUUAUUUAUUUUAUUUGUUUAUUUGUUUUCUUUUCCUAAAAUACAUUCGACUAGUAUUUCAUUUUGUGAAUAAAUAUGUGAUUGAAUACUUUUACAUUUAAAAUACAGUUGUGGUGGUCAUUUAUUAAAAUUAUCCAACAGUAACAUAUGAAUCAAAGUUGUAGUUUCCUACAACGAGCCCAGGCCCAGUCUUAUUGUAUUAACCACUCUAGAUUUAUUAUUUAACUACAUGGGACAAGGGUUACAUAUAUAUAUAUACUUAAGGUUAAAUUCUUCUAAUUAGGUUAGUAUCUUUUAGCUAAUUUAUCAGCAAUUUCAUUGCCAUAUAUUCCAUGGUGGGCUGGAAUCCAACAGAACUGAAUAACUAAACCAAGGCUUAUAAUAUUUAAAAGAAGAUGCUUUACC